UUAGAUCUAUCGUGCACACGAUCCGUGCCAAGUGACUGCAGAAGACUGUUUUCAAUGUCUAGAACACUGCUCCGUGCUGUCUCCACCUUUGGUGUAAUUAGGGUAGCUGCUUUUAGAGGCUCAUCUGUACUACAGCAAAGAUGCUAUACCCCUGGAUCUGCCCUCAAUGUCACUGUGGAGCACCUGCAGGAUGAGCAUACUGGGGUUUCAGUGAUUGCCUUCAACAGACCUGAAGCAUUGAAUGCAAUGAGCAGAAAGUUUGUGAGUGAGUUUGAUGAUGCCCUUGGCUCCCUCCGAUUCAACCGCAAUGUUCGAGUGAUCAUUCUCAGGAGUGUGGUUCCGGGAAUUUUUUGUGCUGGUGCUGACUUGAAGGAGAGGAAGACAAUCCCACCCGAGGAUGUGGGGCCAUUGGUUGCUAAGGGGCGGAGGAUCAUUGGAGACCUCAGCAGCAUGCCUAUGCCCGUCAUCACCGCCCUAGAUGGAGGGGCAUAUGGAGGAGGACUGGAGAUGGCCCUGGCAACAGAUAUAAGGAUUGCAGCUGACUCUGCAAAAAUGGGUCUCACUGAAACGCGUCUUGCUAUUAUCCCCGGUGGUGGGGGAACCCAGCGUUUGCCACGGCUGGUGGGUAUUGGUAAAGCCAAAGAACUCAUUUACUCUGCCAAAGUAGUGUCUGGCACCGAAGCAGCAGACAUAGGACUUGCUGAGCAUGUGGUCCCACAGAAUGAGAAUUCAGACGCUGCAUACCAGAGAGCAUUACAGUUAGCUACAGAAAUUGCAACAAAGGGACCUAUAGCCAUAUCCAUGGCCAAACUUGCUAUUGAUAACGGAAUGCAGACUGACAUCAGCACUGCUCUGAAAGUAGAGGAAUCAUGCUAUGCACAGGUAAUUCCAACUAAAGAUCGUCUUGAAGCUCUCAAAGCUUUCAUGGAAAAACGAACACCAUUGUUUCAAGGAAAAUAGCUGGACACUAGGAACAGCUAGCUGGAGAUAGUAGAAUUCUACAAGUUACUUCUUUUUGUACUUCAGAGCUUCAUUUUUUAAUUCCUGAAUUGCGCUCUUUACCAUUAAUAUUAGUGUCAGAGUCUGACAAUGUG